AUGUCCGUCAAGUUCAAGGACGUCCAAGAUGCGGCUGCUGCCGCGACAGCCAGCACCUCUAUCCGCGCAGACACAAAGGAGUUGGCGCAUAAGGUCGGCGAGCGCUUGACCGGAGGCAAUCCCCAGAAUGGUUAUCUCGCUAUGUACCUCCGAGAACUGCAGGCCAACCCGCUUCGCACGAAGAUGUUGACGUCCGGUAUCCUCUCCUCCGCCCAAGAGUUUCUUGCCUCCUACCUCGCCAACGAUGUGAGCAAGCACGGCCACUACUUCAGCUCCCGUGUGCCUAAGAUGCUCCUCUACGGCAUGUUCAUCAGCGCUCCUCUGGGCCAUGUGCUGGUUGGCAUUCUCCAGCGCGUCUUCGCUGGUCGCACAAGCUUGAAGGCUAAGGUCCUUCAGAUUCUCGCCAGCAAUUUGAUUGUUUCCCCAAUUCAAAAUGUCGUUUAUCUGACAUCGAUGGCCAUUAUCGCUGGCGCGCGCACCUUCCACCAGGUUCGCGCCACCGUCAAGGCUGGUUUCUUCCCCGUCAUGAAGGUCAGCUGGAUCACCUCGCCGCUGGCUCUGGCCUUUGCCCAGAAGUUCCUUCCUGAGCACACCUGGGUGCCAUUCUUCAACAUCAUCGGGUUCAUCAUCGGAACCUACGUAAACACCCACACCAAGAGGAAGCGCCUCGAAGCUCUGCGAAAGCAUUACGGUUCGCGCCGUAGCGGCCCCGGCAGCGAGUAUGAGAAGGGUCCUGACUACAAGGGACCCGGCCCCGACUACCGAUAG